CCAACGCCACAUCACCAGAGAUCAAAUCUGGGUCUGACUCACCGUGUUCUUUUUAGUUCCUUGGUCUAGGAUUACAUCUAUUAUUGAAAACAGCAAACAACCAAAAAGAGAGUAUUAAGAUAUUAGUGUUAGUCUGGUGUAAUGAAUAGCCACAUUUUUUAAACUGAAGACACGUUAAAACGUUCUUUAUAAAAAGGCAAAGGUGGUUAGUUGAAGGUGGACUGCGCGUUGUGUUGUUCCUCCUCUCACUCAUUCUGCGCUUGCUCUUCUGGUCAAUGCAUCUGCUCUCGGUGAAAAUUAUAAGUUAACUCCAUGUCUUCUGUGCAUCCAUAAAUCGCAAUAUUUGGCAACAUGUUGAGGGUGGUAGUUGAAUCCGCCAAAGGAAUUCCCAAAAAGACACUUGGACUUCCAGAUCCCAUAGCGACAGUUAUUUUUAAAGGUGAAAAAAAGAAAACAAAAACAAUUGACAGUGAAUUAAAUCCUGUAUGGAAUGAGAUCAUUGAGUUUGAUUUGAAAGGUUCCCCUUUGGAUUCUUCCUCAUUCGUUGAUGUGGUUGUGAAAGACUAUGAAACCAUCGGAAAACACAAAUUUAUCGGUUCUGCAAAGAUCUCUCUCAAGGAUUUGGCUUCUGGUCAGGCUAGAUCUCUUCCUUCAAAGAGUUUUCCUCUAAUCAAUGAGAAAAAGCAGGAUAUUGGGGCAGCUAUCAACAUUACGAUUGGUUAUGAGCCUCCCGCAAGUACUGUCCCAAACCCAAAUAAUCUCGGAGGAGGAGACGGAUCUGUCGCUGGAGAAACUGGAGCAGGUGAAGAGGAGAAAGGUGUGGACAGUGAUGAAGAUGUUACAGAUGGGGCUGAACCUGGAGCACCUGGCGGCUCUCCCUCUGGACAGCCCGGGAAAGACUCAAAAAAGGUGAUUCGUACAACUCGAAAGAGACAAAGAACUUUGGCGAACAAACCGCAGGACUUUCAGAUCCGUGUCCGAGUCAUUGAGGGUCGGCAGUUGCCUGGCAACAACAUAAAGCCGGUUGUCAAAGUAUGUGUAUGCGGUCAGACCCACAGAACAAGAGUCAGAAGAGGAAACAAUCCAUUCUUUGAUGAGAUUUUCUUCUAUAAUGUCAACAUGCUGCCCUCCGAGCUUUUCGAUGAGAGCAUCAUGAUCCGGGUGUACAAUGCCUACUCUCUGAGAGCAGACAGUCUCAUGGGGGAGUUUAAGCUGGAUGUCGGCUAUAUCUACGAUGAACCUGGUCAUGCAGUAAUGAGAAAGUGGCUGUUGCUAAGCGACACUGAUGACUCCAGCUCUGGAGCCAAAGGUUACCUGAAAGUUAGCAUGUUCGUAGUUGGAACCGGAGAUGAGCCUCCGGUUGAAAAAAGAGAUGGGAAUGAGGAACAGGAUGACAUUGAAAGCAACUUGCUGCUGCCGGCGGGAGUCGCUCUGCGUAUGGCUACACUCAGUCUGAAAAUCUACCGCGGAGAAGACCUGCCACAGAUGGAUGAUGCGUUUGCCCAGACAGUAAAGAGCAUAUUUGGUGGAACAGAUGACAAGAAAAAUUUGGUGGAUCCUUUUCUAGAAGUCAGUUUUGCUGGCAAAAAGGUUUGCACGAAGAUUGUAGAGAAGAAUGCCAAUCCAGAGUGGAACCAGCUUAUUCACCUGCAGGUCAAGUUUCCAUCGAUGUGUGAACGCAUCAAGCUCACGCUAUUUGACUGGGAUCGGCUGUCAAGGAAUGAUGUUAUUGGGACCACUUUCCUGAAUCUGACAAAAAUAGCAUCAUCUGGGGGAGAAGGGGAAUUGACACCAGAGAAUGGUCUGCCUUCUUCCUUUAACGCGGACACUGCCAACUCUGAGAUUGGCUUUCUUCCUUCUUUCGGUCCAUGUUUUGUGAACCUAUAUGGAAGUCCGAGAGAAUUUACUGGGCUUCCUGACCCAUUUGAGGAGCUGAACUGCGGAAAGGGUGAAGGGGUGGCGUAUCGAGGGAGGGUUUUGAUCGAGCUUUCUACUCAACUGGAGAACAAAACUGAGGAGAAGGUGGAAGAGAUUUCAAACGAUGACAUUUUGGUGGCUCAGAAAUACCAGCGCAGAAGGAAAUAUUCUCUAUGUGCAGUGUUCCACAGUGCAUGUAUGCUUCAAGAACCAGGUGAACCGAUUCAGUUUGAGGUCAGCUUUGGAAACUAUGGGAAUAAACUGGACUCCACCUGCAAACCUCUUGCCUCCACCACUCAGUUAGGCUGUGCUGUAUUUGAUGGAAAUCACUAUUAUUACUUGCCCUGGGCUGAUUCUAAGCCUGUUGUGAUCCUCACGUCUUUCUGGGAGGACAUCAACCAUCGCUUGGAUGCAGUGAACAUCAUUCUAUAUAUUGCUGACCGGCUGCAAUCAAACAUCACCUCUCUGAAGACGGCCAUUCUGGCUAAAGUGUCGGACUCUCGUCUAGCUGAGAUCUGGCUGAAACUCAUCACUCAACUCAUUGAUGACCUCACCAGUUACAGUGUACCAGAUCUGGAGGGCAAGCCGAACCUGACAGUGCUCGAUAUUCAGAUCAAGAAUCUGCGUGACAAAACCAUGGCAAGCAUCCAGGAUGCAGCCAAUCGCAUGAGAGACGAGGCUGUUGAUGUUAAAGCCACCAUGCCUGAUAUAGAGGACUGGCUGGAACGACUACAACAGCUCACAGAAGAGCCUCAGAACAGCAUGCCUGAUGUCAUCAUAUGGAUGCUAAGAGGAGAGAAACGUGUGGCUUAUGCCCGCAUCCCAGCCAAUCAGGUGCUCUACUCAACCCACAAUGAUCAGGCCACCGGCAAGUACUGUGGCAGGACACAAAGUAUCUUCCUACAGUAUCCAAUGGACAAAAACAAAGGUCUCAAGAUUCCUGUGCAGCUGCGUGUGAACAUGUGGCUGGGUCUGUCUGCACAUGAGAAGAAAUUCAACACCUUUGCAGAGGGAACAUUCAGUGUAUAUGCAGAAAUGUAUGAGAACCAGGCUCAGGUGUUUGGGAAAUGGGGAACCACAGGUCUGGUCGGCCGCCACAAGUUUUCAGAUGUGACGGGGAAGGUGAAGUUAAAGCAGGAGCGUUUUAUGCCUCCCCGGGCCUGGGAGUGGGAAGGAGACUGGAUAGUUGACCCCGAGCGCUGUCUGCUUACAGAGGCUGAUGCGGGGCACUCCGAAUUCACAGACGAGGUCUAUCAAAACGAAACACGUUUCCCGGGGGGCGAAUGGAAACCUGCGGCCGAACCCUACACUGAUGUGAAUGGAGAGAAAGCCCAGAGACCAGAGGAGUUUGAAUGUCCACCAGGAUGGCGUUGGGAAGACGAGUGGAAUUUUGACAUCAACAGGGCAGUGGAUGAGAAAGGUUGGGAAUAUGGCAUCACUAUACCUCCUGAUGAUAAACCUAGGUCUUGGGUUGCUGCGGAGAAAAUGUACCACAUCCAUCGCAGAAAAAGACUAGUUCGACCUCGUAAGAAAAUAGCAGACGCGCCCACUCUCGAGAAGAAAGAUUUAGGCGAUGGCUGGGAAUACUCAUCCCUGAUUGGCUGGAAAUUCCACAGGAAGGAGCGCUCUUCAGACACGUUCCGCCGCAGACGCUGGAGGAGAAAAAUGGCCCCGGCCAACAUCGUGGGCCCGUCGGCUAUCUUUAACCUGGAGGGGGCAUUGGGAAUAGACGAUGAUGAGGACAGCAAGAAGGGCAGCAAGAAGGACACAGCUAAAAUCUUUGGUGCCAGCACACCCACUGUGUUUUGCAGAUUUGACAAGUCAUCCAUCUAUCAUCUCAGAGUCUAUGUCUAUCAAGCCAGGAACCUUCUUCCUAUGGAUAAAGACAGCUUUUCAGAUCCCUAUGUCCACGUGUCCUUUUUGCACGUGAGCAAGACCACCGAGAUAAUCAAGUCCAACCUCAACCCCACAUGGGACCAGACUCUCAUUUUCGAUGACAUUGAAAUCUACGGCGACCCUCAGAACAUCGCUCAUCACCCACCCAGUGUUGUUCUGGAAGUUUAUGAUAGUGACCAAGUGGGAAAAGAUGAAUCUAUGGGCAGAUCUACGUAUCUUCCGGUAGUGAAGCUCAAUCCCGGGAACCCAUUGAUCCCGAAACUUCUCUGGUUCCCAAUAACUAUGAAAGGACGAAACGCUGGAGAGAUGCUGGUAGCAGCAGAGCUCCUGCUUAAAGACAAGGCAAAUGAAUCUAACCUGCCACUGGUUCCACCUAGAAGAAGUGAGAAUCUGUACAUGGUUCCUCAAGGAAUCAGGCCUGUGGUGCAGCUCACUGCUGUUGAGAUCCUGGCAUGGGGUUUAAGAAACAUGAAGCCAUAUCAGCUUGCUGCAGUGUCAUCUCCCAGCCUUAUAGUUGAAUGCGGAGGGCACACGGUUCAAACUGGCAUAAUCAAGAACAUCAAGAAAAGUCCAAACUUCCCAGGAUCUGUCCUGUUCCUCAAAGUGCUUCUCCCCAAAGAUGAGAUAUAUACUCCACCCAUUGUGCUCAAGGUUAUUGACCACAGGCCCUUUGGCCGAAAACCAGUUGUCGGACAAUGUACAAUACAUUCCCUGGAGGAGUUUAGAUGUGACCCUUACACAGUCAACACUGAGGUGGCAAUGUCUGCCAAGGUGGCCAUGAUGUCAGCCGCUCCCAGAGAUGUAGUCAUUGAUAUGGGAGGUGGAAUGCCCAUCAUUUCCAGACAGGAAGAAGACACGGUAGACUGGUGGAGUAAAUUCUUCGCCUCCAUUAAUGAGCACGAUAAGUGCGGCCCUUACCUCCAAAAGGGAUAUGACACAUUAACAGUUUACGACACAGAGCUUGAGGCGGUUCCGGAAUUUAGGGGCCUGACAGACUUCUGCAGUACAUUCAGACUGCAAAGGGGGAAAACCGAGGAUGAUGAUGACGACCCAUCUGUGGUGGGAGAGUUUAAGGGGUCAUUUCGAGUGUAUCCCCUAUCUGAUGAUCCAAGUGUGUCAGAACCACCAAGGGAAUUUAGGGAGUUGCCUGAGAGUCGCCCUCAGGAGUGCUUGGUCAGAAUUUACAUCAUACGCUGCGUUGACCUUCAGCCCAAAGACAACAAUGGCAUGUGUGAUCCGUACAUAAAGAUUACAUUGGGGAAGAAAACGAUUGAUGACAGAGAUCACUACAAACCAAACACCUUGAAUCCAGAUUUUGGAAGACUGUUUGAAUUGAGCUGCUAUAUCCCUCAAGACAAAGAUUUGAAGAUUUCCGUCUUUGACUUUGACCUGCUCAGUGCUGAUGAGAAGGUGGGAGAAACAGUGAUAGACCUUGAGAACCGACUUCUGUCUCGGUUUGGCUCUCACUGUGGCAUACCCAAAUCUUACUGCAUAUCUGGAGUGAACCAGUGGAGGGACCAACUCAAACCAUCUCAGAUCCUACAGAAUCUAGCCAGAAUGAGAGGAAUUGCUGCUCCUCACAUUGCAGAUGAUGGUAGUUUUCUGUCUUUUGGAGGAAAAGAGUACAGACUUGCUGAACUGGAGGCCAAUAAAAGCAUCCACCCACACCUGGGCCCACCUAAGGAGCGAAUCUGCCUUCAUGUUUUGAGAAGGCAAGGCCUCGUACCCGAGCAUGUGGAGAACAGGACUCUGUUCAGCACCUACCAGCCCACUCUAUCUCAGGGUAAAAUUCAGAUGUGGGUUGAAAUAUUUCCGAAAAGCCUUGGUUUUCCCGGACCUGUUUGCCAAAUCAAUCCUCGCAAACCAAAAAAAUAUUUCCUGCGAGCCAUCGUUUGGAACACGACUGAAGUCAUUCUGGAUGAGACCAGCAUCACAGGAGAAAACAUGAGUGACAUCUAUGUGAAAGGGUGGAUGCCGGGCAUGGACGAAGACAAGCAAAAAACUGACGUCCAUUACAGGUCUCUAGAUGGAGAUGGAAAUUUCAACUGGAGAUUUGUCUUUGGCUUUGAAUAUCUGCCGGCAGAACAAUUGUGUCUUGUGUCUAGAAAGGAGCACUUUUGGAAUCUCGACAAAACCGAGUUCAGGAUCCCUCCCAAACUGACUAUUCAGAUCUGGGACAAUGACAAGUUCUCUUUGGAUGAUUACUUAGGCACAGUUGAGUUGGAUCUGCUUCAUCUUAUUCCCCCAUCUAAGACCCCUGAGAAGUGCAGUUUAAGCAUGCUAACACAAACAGGCAAGAGCCUUCCCCCAACAUCACUCUUCUCCCAGAAGUCAGUGAGAGGGUGGUGGCCAUGUGCCAUGGAACAGGAUGGCAAAAAAACCCUGGCAGGUAAAGUGGAGAUGACUCUAGAAGUGGUGGAGGAGAAGGAGGUUGAGGAGAGGCCAGCCGGGAAGGGAAGAGAUGAACCCAACAUGAACCCCAAACUUGAUCUUCCAAACCGGCCAGAUACGUCCUUCUUUUGGUUCACAAGUCCUUGUAAGACCUUGAAGUUCAUUGUAUGGCGCAAAUUCAAAUGGAUCUUUAUUGGAAUCCUCAUUCUCUCACUGGUGAUUCUGUUUCUUGGGAUCCUCUUGUACUCCUUCCCUAACUACAUCUCCAUGAAAAUCGUGAGGCCGUUUUAAUAGGAGAAUUUUGAAUAUUGGUGAAUCAACCAGCGAUAUGACAUAGUCAACAGUGAACCUGUUUUUAGGCAUUUCUUGUUUUUACUCCAGACUUGAAUGGCAAGUCUAUUUUAAAGGCUAUUAUUCUCCUUUGGGGACUACACUGGGUUAGUGGUAUACAACACUGCAAGAAGUUGCACAAUGUUCACUUGAUAUAUUUUCGAAAUAAUGCAAAAGGUGGAUUUCAUUUUUUUGUUUCAAUGUUUUGGUUUUGUAUAUUUAUCCUGUUCAUAUAUAGUAGGCUAGUAUUUGCAUUUUCAAAUGGAUGUUGAUGCAUCCAUUCCUUUGUUGUUUAUUGUUCAUUAAACGAUUGUUUCUUGUA